GGCGGAGAUCUAGCCCAGCCCGGGAUCAGUUUUCCAGGGCCAGCAGAGGAGGAACUAGAUCAACAGUACUCAUGGUCACCAACUCAGCACUUCAAUGAAGAAAGAUACUCUCCUGCUCCAAGGAAUAUGAAAGGAUUAUCCAGUAGUCGAAAUCAACCACAGUUAUGUUCCGGUCAUACCUGUGGCUUAACACCCCCUGAAGAUUGUGAACAUACCCACGACCACCUUCAUCAUGGGCAGGAGCCAAGGCAAUCAUACCUGCUUAGCCCUACAGAGAGCUGUCCCAUGGAUCACCAUCGCUGCUCACCACGGAGCUCCAUCCAUUCCGAAUGUAUGAUGAUGCCCAUGAUGAUGGGCGAUCACAUGUCCAGUAGCACUUUUCCCAGAAUGCACUACAGCUCACAUUACGAUACAAGGGACGACUGCGCCAUGUCUCACGCUAGCACUAAAAUCAAUCGGAUCCCCGCUAAUCUUUUGGAUCAGUUUGAGAAACAGCUUCCUCUACACAGAGAUGGAUUCCAUACUUUACAAUAUCAGAGGACUUCAAAUGCUGCAGAACAACGGAGUGAAAGCCCAGGGAGAAUACGACACCUUGUCCAUUCAGUUCAGAAGCUUUUCACCAAGUCUCAUUCUUUAGAAGGCUCUUCCAAAAGUAAUGUCAAUGGGACCAAGAGUGACAGUAGAGGGGAAGAUCAUCACCAUGGCCAUCCUUCUAAGCAUAGCAAAAGGAGCAAAAGCAAGGAGCGAAAGCCUGAAAGCAAGCAUAAAUCUGGAAUGAGUAGUUGGUGGAGCUCUGAUGACAAUUUGGACAGUGAUAGCACUUAUCGAACACCCAGUGUGGUGAAUCGACACCACGUGGAUCAUAUCUCCCAUUGCUAUCCCGAAGCUCUCCAGAGUCAUUUUGGGGAUCUCUCCCUAAAGACUUCAAAAAGUAAUAAUGACAUGAAAUGCUCAGCAUGUGAAGGCUUAGCUAUGACUCCUGAUGGGAAAUAUAUGAAAAGGAGUUCCUGGUCGACUCUCACAGUAAGCCAGGCAAAAGAAGCUUACCGAAAGAGUUCAUUGAACUUAGAUAAGCCUCUGGUCCAUCAGGAAAUUAAGCCUGCCUUGAGGCCAUGUCAUUACCUUCAGGUGCCUCAAGAUGAAUGGGGAGGGUACCCCACUGGCGGUAAAGAUGAGGAGAUACCCUGCAGAAGGAUGAGGAGUGGGAGUUAUAUUAAAGCCAUGGGAGAUGAGGAGAGUGGAGAAUCUGAUUCUAGUCCCAAAACAUCACCAAAAGUAGCAGUCCGAACGGAGGCAUUGUUAAAGUCCAUUGGACAGAGACCACUUGGAGAUCAUCAAACCCAGAGCUACCUACAAGCUGCAGGUGAUGUGCCUGGUGGUCACAACCUGGAUCCCACUGCUAACUACAACUCUCCAAAAUUCCGCUCCAGGAAUCAGAGCUACAUGCGAGCAGUCAGCACGCUGAGUCAGGCCAGCUGCGUUAGUCAGAUGAGUGAAGCUGAGAUCAACGGACAGUUUGAAUCGGUGUGUGAAUCAGUCUUUAGUGAAGUUGAAUCUCAGGCCAUGGAUGCCCUAGAUCUUCCUGGUUGCUUCAGAACAAGAAGUCACAGUUAUCUGAGAGCCAUUCAGGCUGGCUACUCCCAAGAUGAUGAAUGUAUUCCUGCAAUGACAUCUUCUAACAUCACCUCAACUAUCAGGUCAACAACAGCUGUAUCAUACACAAGUUAUAAAAAAACACCACCACCAGUACCCCCUCGGACAACCUCCAAGCCUCUGAUUUCUGUCACCGCCCAGAGCAGCACGGAAUCUACCCAGGAUGCCUACCAUGACAGCCGGACUCAGAGGAUCCCUCCGUGGCCACAAGAUGGCCGAGGCCUGUACAAUUCCACAGAUAGCCUGGACAGUAACAAGGCCAUGAAUCUCGCCCUAGAAACAGCAGCGGCCCAGCGCCAUGCCUCUGAGAGCCAGAGCAGCUCGGUUCGAACUAGUGACAAGGCUGUCUUGGUGACAAAAGCGGAGGAGUUCCUCAAGAGCCGGCGUUCCUCAAUAGGAAUUCAGGUGGAAACAGCAACUGAUUCUGAUACAGAGAGCAGAGGCCUGCGAGAAUACCACUCUGUUGGAAUACAAGUAGAAGAUGAUAAACGACAUGGUCGGUUCAAACGUUCAAAUAGUGUGACAGCUGCAGUUCAGGCUGACCUCGAACUGGAGGGCUUUCCUGGACACAUUACUAUGGAGGACAAGGGUCUUCAGUUUGGUUCAUCAUUUCAGCGACAUUCAGAACCUAGUACUCCUACCCAAUAUGGCGCAGUAAGAACUGUACGGACACAAGGACUUUUCAGUUACCGAGAAGAUUAUAGGACCCCAGUUGACACCUCAAAUCUUCCCCCACCUGACCCUUGGCUGGAGCCAUCAAUUGAGACAGUAGAAACUGGAAGGAUGUCACCAUGUCGACGGGAUGGAACAUGGUUUAUGAAGCUACUGCACACAGAGACAAAAAGGAUGGAAGGAUGGUGUAAAGAGAUGGAAAGAGAAGCAGAAGAAAAUGACCUCUCUGAAGAAAUUCUAGGUAAAAUCAGGAGUGCAGUUGGAAGUGCUCAGCUUCUUAUGUCUCAGAAGUUCCAGCAAUUUUAUUGGCUCUGUCAGCAAAAUUUGGAUCCUAGUGCUAUGCCAAGGCCUACUUCCCAAGACCUGGCAGGAUUUUGGGACUUAUUGCAGCUCUCAAUUGAAGAUGUCAGCAUGAAGUUUGAUGAACUCCACCAGCUGAAGCUCAAUGAAUGGAAGCUAAUAGAAUCCCCUGAAAGAAAGGAAGAAAGAAAGGUUCCCCCUCCAGUACCAAAGAAGCCUCCAAAAGGGAAAUUUCCAAUCACAAGAGAAAAGUCGCUAGACCUACCUGACAGACAACGCCAAGAAGCCAGAAGACGGCUCAUGGCUGCCAAGAGGGCAGCCUCCUUUCGGCAGAAUUCAGCCACCGAACGAGCAGACAGCAUUGAGAUCUACAUCCCUGAGGCCCAAACCAGGCUUUAA